AUAUGAAAUGUCUGACAUUCUUGGAUGAAAAUGAAAACCGGAAGAAAUGUCCGAAGUCCGCGCUCUGGUCUCUCCACCUGUUGCCCCUUUCGCCACUUCUUGCCUCUCCACCUAUACACGCAUGCAAGCCGUACACGGCGCGACUGCUACGUUAUACCUGUAGAGCCACCGCUUCGCAAUUUUUUUUUUCCUCCAUUUUUUUUUUUGGAAAAAGCUUUGAGUUCUUGAUUGUCUGAUGAGUUUUCAUGGACGCCGACUUUUCGCGUUUUCUUUAUCUCCCUUUUUUUCUUUUCCUCGCCUGUCUAAAUUCUUCAUCGUUUGGGUCCCGUGAAGAUUUUUCCAUAGUAGACUAUGACCCGCAGUUCAAGAUUUUCAAAGGGGAUUACUCGCCGCCGACGCCCCCACCGCCGGCUCCGCCGCCGCACCCGCCGUCCGUCUCGUGCGAGGAAUUGAAGGGCGUGGGGUCGCUCAACACCACCUGUGAGCUCAACUACAGCUUGAAUUUCACGGAUGACGUUUAUGUGGAAGGCAAGGGCAAUUUGUUUAUUCUCCAGGGGGUUGCUUUAAUCUGCCCCAAAUUGGGCUGUUCGAUUGAGAUCAACAUCACGGGUGCUUUCAGAUUGGAUUCUUCCUCCCAAAUUGUUGCCGGGUCGGUUUAUAUUGUAACUGGGAAUGCCAGCUUGGUUGGGAACUCUGUCAUUAAUGCGACGGCGAGGGCUAGCGAGCCACCCAAUCCAUCACCAGGGACACCCAACGACGCCCAGGGGAGCGGAGGGGGUCAUGGGGGGAGGGGGGCGAGCUGUGUGAUGGACAAUAAGAAGCUGCCGGAGGAUGUUUGGGGCGGGGAUGCGUAUGCUUGGGAUACUUUGGAAACGCCAUGGAGCUAUGGCAGUAGAGGUGGGACGACUAAUAGGGGUGAGGAUUAUGGAGGGAUGGGGGGCGGGAGAAUUUGGUUGGAGGUGAAGGAAACAGUGGAUGUUCGUGGAUCACUUUUGGCGGAUGGAGGGGCAGGUGGGAUCAAAGGUGGAGGAGGUUCUGGGGGCAGCAUUUUCAUCAAGGCGCAGAAAAUGAUUGGAAGUGGCAAAGUAUGUGCUUCUGGGGGGGAUGGAUUUGCUGGGGGAGGUGGUGGAAGAGUUUCAGUUAAUGUCUUCAGCAGGCACGAUGACCCCAUAUUCUUGGUACAUGGAGGAAGAAGCUUUGGCUGCCCUAUGAAUGCAGGUGCUGCCGGAACAUUCUUUGAUGCUGUUCCUCGAAGGCUUAUAAUUGAUAAUCAGAAUAUGUCCACGGAUACCCACACAAUCCUAUUUCAAUUUCCAAACCAGCCUCUCUGGACCAAUGUUUACAUUCAGAAUUAUGCUAGAGCUACCGUUCCUUUACUAUGGAGUCGUGUUCAGGUCAGAGGACAACUUAGUUUAUCACGUGGAGCAGUUCUGAGCUUUGGUCUUGUGCAUUACCCUCAAUCCGAGUUUGAGUUAAUGGCUGAAGAGCUUCUGAUGAGUGAUUCAGUAGUAAAGGUUUAUGGAGCUCUGCGAAUGUCUGUCAAAAUUCACUUGAUGCUAAAUUCAAAAGUUCUUAUAACUGGUGAUGGCGAUCCAAUUGUUGCAACUUCUUUCCUUGAAGCCAGCAAUCUAGUUGUUCUUAAGGGAUCCUCCAUGAUACAUUCAACUGCAAAUUUGGGGCUGCACGGGCAGGGGUCAUUGAACUUGACAGGGCCAGGAGAUGUUAUUGAAGCUCAACGUUUGGUUUUGUCCUUAUUUUAUGCUAUCAGUGUUGGUCCCGGAUCUGUUCUUCGAGGUCCCUUGGAAAAUGCAAGUAAUUCUCACAUGGCGCCAAGGCUUUACUGUGAUGAGAAGAGUUGCCCUAUUGAACUUAUUCAUCCACCUGAGGACUGCAAUGUGAAUGCAUCAUUGGCUUUUACACUCCAGAUAUGUCGAGUUGAGGACAUUAUCAUUGAAGGCUUGAUAGAAGGUUCUGUAGUUCAUUUUCACUUGGUCAGAACUGUGAUUGUGAAAUCUGAUGGUGUAGUAGGUGCAUCUGGACUAGGAUGCACUGGUGGGUUGGGUCAUGGAGAAAUUCUACCUAAUGGCCUUAGUAGCGGUGCUGGACAUGGUGGUAGAGGAGGGGAUGCAUAUUAUGAAAGUAGUUUUAUCAGUGGUGGUGCUGCUUAUGGCAGUACUGAAUUGCCUUGUGAACUUGGCAGUGGAAGUGGAAAUAAGAGUCUACCUGGUUCGAUUGCUGGUGGCGGCGUGAUUGUGAUGGGUUCAGUGGAGCAUUCAUUAUCAAGAUUGGUUGUGGAGGGAGAGAUUAAAGCAGAUGGAGAAAGUUUUGGAAAAUAUGUUGGGAAAGAUAAUGGUGUGGUUGUUUCAGAUGUGGGACCAGGGGGUGGAUCGGGAGGAACAAUCCUUCUUUUCCUCAGAUAUUUAAACAUCAAUAGAACUGCUACAAUCUCGAGCUCUGGAGGACAUGGAUGUGCAGAUGGUGGUGGCGGAGGUGGUGGAAGGAUUCACUUCCAUUGGUCAGACAUUCCCGUUGGAGAUGAGUAUAUGCCAAUGGCAACUGUUAAUGGAACUAUUACAGUCAGAGGGGGGAUUGGUAGAGGCCAGGGGCAAGAAGGUGAAAAUGGGACUCUGAGUGGAAAAGCAUGUCCAAAAGGUCUAUAUGGCAUAUUUUGCGAGGAAUGCCCACUCGGGACAUACAAGAACGUGACAGGGUCAGAUAAAGAACUUUGUGAUAAUUGCCCAUCUAAUGAGCUUCCUCGCCGUGCUGUUUAUAUUGGUGUUCGAGGUGGUGUCACAGAAACACCAUGCCCAUAUAAGUGUUUGUCAGAGAGAUAUCAUAUGCCAUAUUGUCGUACUACCCUUGAGGAACUCAUAUACACUUUUGGAGGACCUUGGUUAUUUGGUUUCAUACUUUUAAGUCUUCUCAUUGUUUUAGCACUUGUUCUAAGCGUUGCUAGGAUGAAAUUUGCUGGUGGAGAUGAACUGAGUGUGGUUCCAAGCCGGCGUACCUCUACAAUCGAUCGCUCAUUACCUUUUCUAGAGUCACUAAAUGAGGUUUUGGAAACUAGUAGAAUUGAUGAAUCCAAAAGCCAUGUGCAUCGAAUGUACUUUUUAGGAGCCAAUACUUUCAGUGACCCUUGGCAUCUUCUGCAUUCCCCUCCGAAAGAAGUGAAAGAAAUAGUAUACGAGGAUGCAUUCAACAUAUUUAUUGAUGAUUUGAACGCAUUAGCUUCUUAUCAGUGGUGGGAAGGAUCGGUAUAUGGCAUUCUCUGUGUCAUUGCAUAUCCACUUGCAUGGCAUUGGUUGCAAUGGCGUCGGAAGGAAAAAGUGAAGUACCUACGUGAAUAUGUGCGUUCAGAAUAUGAUCAUGCUUGCUUGCGUUCUUGUCGUUCUCGAGCCCUGUAUGAAGGGCUGAAGGUUGCUGCAACUUCAGAUUUAAUGCUAGCAUAUGUGGAUUUUUUCCUUGGUGGAGAUGAAAAGAGGACUGGCCUCCCACCACGCCUGCACCAAAGGUUUCCCAUGCCAUUAGUGUUUGGAGGAGAUGGAUCUUACAUGGUUCCUUUCUCCCUUCACAGUGAUAAUAUUCUGACUAACCUAAUGAGUCAGUCCAUCCCACCAACAAUUUGGCACCGACUAGUGGCUGGUCUUAAUGCUCAACUUCGUUUGGUUCGCCGGGGACAUCUAAGAACAACUUUUAAUCCAGUUAUCCAGUGGCUUGAUACACACGCAAACAGCAGGUUGCGCUCUCAUGGCAUACGGAUUAAUUUAACUCGCUUUCAACCUUCUGCUAGUGGAUAUUGCCAGUUUGGGUUAGCCGUAAGUGCACUAGAGGAUGAAAAUGCCCAUUCAUCUAGUCAGGGGCCACAUGUGUCUUUAUUAGCAUCUAAGGAUGCAAGUUUGCCGGCUAGUCGCUGGAAGAAAGCACUGGAUCUUGUCAGAAUCAGUGAACAAGCACUGAUGCAAAAGAAGAUGUGUGGCGAAACUGUAAAUGAUAAGAACAUUCAUAAACUGGAUGGCGGAUUAACAUUAACUUAUCCUUUCUACUACAUAAUACGUAACAUCAAGCCAGUUUUUCAUCAGGAUCUUGUUGGUUUAAUCAUCUCAGUACUUCUUUUAGGAGAUUUUAGCUUGGUCUUGCUUCUUCUGCUUCAGCUUUAUUCCAUUUCUGUAACAGCUCUUUCAUUGGUUUUGUCGAUCUCUCCUCUUGGCAUACUAUUACCAUUUCCAGCUGGUAUUAAUGCAUUAUUCAGUCAGGGGCCAAAGCGAUCGGCUGGACUUGCACGUGUAUAUGCUUUGUGGAAUAUCAGCUCAGUGAUUAACGUUAUUGUUGCGUUCAUAUGCGGAGUGAUACAUCUCAAGUCUCAAUCUUCCAACAAAAGACAUGCAAACUUUCAGACAUGGAAUUUUAGCAUGGAUGAUAGUGGUUGGUGGAUGCUGCCUUGUGGUCUUUUCCUCUGUAAAUUGAUUCAAGCACGCCUGAUCGAUUGUCACGUUGCUAACCUCGAGAUUCAGGAUAAGUCGUUGUACAGCAGCGACGCAGAAGUAUUCUGGCAAUCUUGAACCAUCCGGCGGAUUCAGAAUAUCCCUUCUGUUCACUGAAAAUUUUGUUUAGACACCGGCGGGUUUAUGGUCACAUUUUUAGUUUCUAUUAGUUUUGAUUCGAUUUAGAUUUGGCUAUGUGAAUAUGGUUUGAAAAGAACACAUUGGCUGCUGGGAUACUCAAAUUACAUCUUAUUCAAAUCCAAUAUGUUUUUGGAGAAUGCAGCAAAAAUUUUGAAUCCCCAGCAGGAGAUGAGAUGAGAGCUGAAGCAAAAACCCAUCAGGUUAAAUUUUGAUGGAGUUUUUCUUUACUUUUUUACAGUUUUACACCUCCCCCAACUUUGUUUGUUGUAAUGUACUGUAAUAUUUAUUUACGUUUGUACAAAAUUGGCACAGACCGCAAAAUCUGCAAUGGGGUGCUGCUGUUAGAUUUGAGUUGAUUUGGGUUGGAAACUUCGGAAUCACGUGUCACUGCACAGACAAGUGGGGAACUCGUUUUGUGUGGUGAAGAUUGCUUCUGAUUCCGGACAAAAGGCAGAUGCCCCACUCGAUUGGCCGGACAGAUUGCCGAAAUGCUGAGUUCUGACAAUUUUAUCGAAGAGCUUCUUCUUCCGGCAGAGUA